UGAGGCCCACAACGCAGCUCUCCGAAGCAUGACCUGAAGCUCCCAACAUUCCCCGCGCCCCCCGACUCGACCCUCGACAUCGAGUCUAACAAUGGCAGCACAGUCGAAGCUGCGUCUCCUCCCUCCAGACCGAACCCUGAAGAGUCUUGUCAACUCCCUCACAGCUCACUACCUCGCACACCGCACCGCCAUCUCCCGAACCGUCUACCUGACCCUCUUCUUCGCCCUCCUAAACCGCAUCCGUUCCGCCAUCUCCGAACAAAAGGCCUCUGCACUGCGGCAAGCAGCUGCCAGACAACGAGGGUCUACAUCUCUCUCCCACAGUCAUGGCGGGAAGAAGCCGAAGGUUGAGCUCAACCGGGAGUUCUUCAAGAAUCUCUUUAGGUUGCUCAAGAUAUGCAUACCAGGUUGGAGAAGCAAGGAGUUGCGACUGUUGAUCAGCCAUAGCGUGUUCUUGGUUAUUAGGACCCUAAUUAGUCUGAAGGUUGCAGCGAUGGAUGGGCAGCUUGUAAGUAGUUUGGUCAGAGGGCGCGGGAGAGACUUUUUGAUCGGGAUUGUCUGGUGGAUGGCUAUUGCAGUGCCGGCGACUUUUACGAAUUCAAUGCUUUCGUACCAUCAAUGUCAACUUUCUCUCCAAUACCGAACACGAUUGACGAAUUACAUACACGAUAAAUACCUCUCGAACAUGACCUUCUACUCCCUGUCUGCGCUGGAUGAUCGGAUAAAGAAUGCGGACCAGUUGGUCACGGUCGACGUAUCGAAAUUUGCGAACAGUCUAGCGGAAUUAUAUGGGAAUCUGGCGAAACCUACAUUAGAUAUGUUGAUUUAUAACUACUCUCUUUCCAAGAGCGUUGGUGGCGAAGGCCUUUUCUUCAUGUCACUACUGGUGCAAUUAUCAGCGAACGUUAUGCGAGCGUUGACUCCUCCAUUCGGGAAAUACGUUGCAGACGAAGCACGAUUAGAAGGCGAAUUCCGGUUUGAACAUUCAAGAUUAAUAGACUAUAGCGAAGAAAUUGCUUUGUACAAUGGACACGAAGCGGAAAAGGAUACGUUGGAUAAAGGAUACUUCACAUUGAUCAAGCACGUCAAUUACAUAUUACGGCGGCGCUUUACACAUGGAAUAAUGGAAGACUUCAUCAUAAAAUACGUCUGGGGAGCUUUGGGACUCAUUCUUUGCAGUGUCCCGGUCUUCUUCAAGAUCCCGGGAGCAGUUGCGCAAACUAUGGGUGACAGAACAGAAAGUUUUGUAACUAAUCGAAGGCUGCUAUUAUCGAGUUCAGAUGCUUUUGGGCGGGUUAUGUUCUCGUACAAGGAGGUCACUGAGCUGGCCGGUUACACUUCUCGAGUUGCUACCCUGCUGGAAGUCAUGGAUGAUAUCAAAGCUGGACAUUUCGAGAAGACGCUUGUCUCAGACGAGAGCUCUGCCGAACAAUUGGAUCUGAUGAAAGGACGGGGGACCGUGAUCGAGAGCGAAGACAUAGAAUUCAUUAAUGUCCCCAUCAUCACCCCCGGCGGCAGUGUCCUCGUCAAAGCACUCUCCUUCUCUAUGAAACGCGGCGACCACGUCCUGGUCGUCGGCCCCAAUGGCUGCGGCAAAUCUUCCCUCUUCCGGAUCCUGGGUGGGUUAUGGCCCGUCUACGGCGGCACCGUUCGAAAGCCCUCUCUCUCACAAGUCUUCUACGUCCCGCAACGACCAUACCUCUCCUCCGGCUCUCUCCGCCAACAAAUUAUCUACCCUGAUUCCCUACGCAUCAUGCGCUCAAAGGGAAUCACAGACACCGAUCUCCUCGCCAUCCUCAAAAUCCUGGAUCUCGAUCACCUCGUCUCCUCUUUCCCUGAAGGCUGGGACGCAGAGGCCGAGUGGCGAGACGUCCUAUCCGGUGGUCUCCAACAACGUGUAGCAAUGGCACGGCUCUUCUACAAUCGCCCUAAAUACGCCAUUCUCGAUGAAUGCACAUCCAGCGUGACGCUCGAGAUGGAGAAAGUUAUGUAUGAUCAUGCGAAGGCGUUGGGGAUUACGCUUAUGACGGUAAGUCAUAGAAGGAGUCUGUGGAAGUAUCAUAGUAAGAUAUUGCAAUUCGAUGGGCAGGGACAUUAUAUUUUUACGGGUUUGGAUGCGGACAAGAGGUUGAAGCUUGAGGAUGAAAGGGAGGAAUUGGAAGUGCUACUUAGGGGUGUGCCGGAGGUAGAGAGGAGGGUUGCGGAGCUGACUGCCGCUUAAUCACCCCCCAAUUUCCACCGGCCAUCGGUUUGUACAUAUCACUCUUUCUCUUCUACAUUGG